AUGCAGAAAAUAGAUCAAGAGAUAACUAGAUUUAGCUCCAAUCUGACUCAUCUUCACAAGGUGGUGCAGAACAAUUCUGAGCAGUGCAGUGUUUCGCAGAAUCCCACCGUUAAAGAGGAUGUGCCGGACGAACAGCAAGUGCUUAACAACAGCCCACUGGUAGAAGGGGACGGUGCCGACAAACGCCUCAAACUUCUGUUCGACCUGAGCCAAUUCGACCCUGAGGAGGUGAAAGUGACUAUACUAGAGGACAUCCUUUUGGUAGAAGCUUCCCACGUGGAGAAGACGUCAACCUGCACUAUUUAUAGGGAGUACGCAAGGCAAGUGCAACUUCCCAAGGGCCUAAACCCUGAUACCGUAACUUCGGCACUAUCUCGAGAUGGGGUCCUCACCGUGCAGGCGCCUCUGGGUGCACCGGAAAGAAACAAGAAGGCCAAAAUAAAAGAUAGAAAUGGAAAGUGGAAAUUGGCGCAAUUACACGAGUGCGCGGCCUCUUCUGGGAAGCGGGCAGGCCCGGUUGCCAUGACGACGCGCCGCAUCAACACCACACAGACACACACGUGUGAAAAUCCAGGUGACCUGAAAAAGCUGGGGACGCACAGAGCCCAUCGUUUUCUUUACGCU